AUGAAGACUAUCCAGAGUAACAAUUUUCGAAGGAAGUAUGGGAAUUUACUGAAUCUUCUAGAGAUUGAUACUCAGGUUCCAGCUGUUACUGCUUUGGUCCAAUACUAUGAUCCGCUGCUCCGGUGCUUCACCUUCAAGGAUUUUCAAUUAGUGCCGACAGUGGAGGAAUUUUGGGAUAUUCUAGAUCUACCAUUAGAAGGCAAGAUUUCUUACAAGCAUGCAACGCAAAAUACAUCUGUUUCAACACUAGCAGGAAUCUUGAAGAUACACCCUACAGAGUUAGAAAGCAAAAUGAUUACAAAGGGAACCAUCAAAGGCAUUCCUCAAGGGUUUCUAGAGGGACAUCUACGUCAAUUGGCUGAUAAAGACAUGGGGGAAACCUUCAUGGAUGUACUGGCGCUCGUUCUUUAUGGCGUCAUGAUUUUUCCAAGCAUCGAUAACUUUGUUGAUCUCUCAACCAUCAAUGUUUUCAUAGCAUAUAAGAUCAAUGCAGAAAACCCAGUCACAGCAAUUUUAGCUGAUGUUUAUGGAAAUUUGAAUAUGUGUUAUGAAUCUAAGAAGAAGAAGUUGUCAUGUUGCUUGCCAGUAUUAUAUAAAUGGUUUACUUCUCAUAUUAGUCCAAAUUACAAGCCAACAACUAAAGGAGCGCAAGAAUGGGCGUGUUUUUUUGCUAAGUUACAUAAUGGAAUGAUCAAACGAGAGGUAUCCUGGCAGCAGAGGUCACAUAUCAUACACUGUGGAGAGUACCCAAAUAUACCUCUUAUAGGAACCAAAUAUUGUGUUAAUUAUAAUCUGAUAUUAGCACAAAGACAAUUUGGAUAUCCUAUACGGGAAUGGACUUCUAAUGAUUUACUCCGGCGAAUUAGAAGUGCUUGGGGCAGUGUGGUGCGUGCAGAGAAAGACUCUAGGCCAUGGGUAGUAAAUGAGAAGACGUCUUAUCAGCAAUGGGUAAUGGAUAGGGUUAAAGUGGUGAAGCUACCGUUCAAACCAGUUGCCUUCAUGCCAGAACAACAAGAUAUGGAGAGUGAGGAAGUCAAAACCCUUAAGGAAGAAAUAGAAAAGAUGAAGCAGAAAAAUGUUAAGCUUGUUAAUGAUCUUUAG